AUGUGGUUCCUUACUCAGAAUAAGGUUCGCCUCAAUAUUCCCGUUGUUCUAGCUCUCUAUUUAUCUGAUAUGGAUCUAGGUUCCAUGCCUUUGAUCAAGAUUUGUGGAGGUCAUUGGGUCACUCGGUUGGCCCUAUCUUAUAAGGUUGACACUAGCAUGAUGGUUCCUAUUCCUAUCAGAGACAUGACUACUACCACUUUAGGGAAGAUAAGGGUGUUGGAGGGUCCUGUUGUUCCACCUCCUGCUCAGCCUAGUCAUAAUGGUGCAAGUGCAUCAAGCACGCAUCCUCGGGAUACUGAUGAUGAUAUCGAGGAGAGCUCAAAGCACGAUGAGGGUGAGUAUGAGAGUAGUGAGUAG